CUAGCAUCCACCAAAAAUUCCCAACGAAGAAGAAGAUGCCUACCAAUCUGUUCGACGACGAAGGAGACUCUCCUCCGAACAAUGCCCCUGUUGAGUUUGAGGUGGACAAUGAAUACCUUCUUAGGUUGGAAAACAACAGACAACGCACCGAUCUCAGGCGAUACGAGGCGGCGGUGAGGGAAGGUAUAAUCCAUGAGGACGUAGAAGACGAAUCCGAAGAAGAAGAAGCUUCUGAUCCUGAGGAGGAGAUCGGAGUUGGUGAAGUAUCUGUGUGGAUCGAAUCUUUGGUUAAGUUAAGGAAACGUGACCCUGAGUAUCUAGCUACAGGCCAAAACGAUGAUGCCGUAAAGAAGAAGGUUCUUAAGGACGAGAAGAAGAAGAAGAAGAAGAUGUAUCUGAAAGAUGUUCAGGCACAGCAGUUGCUUGAGGAGGAAGAUGAAGAGAGGAGUGAGACUUACGGUGAGCAGCAAGAGGAGUUGAGGCGAGCUGUGUCUGAUGCUGUGGAGGCUGGAGGGGAAGAGAGUGAUGAUGAUGAAGAUCUCUUGAAAGUCAAGGAAGGUUAUGAUGAUGAUGAGGAGGAAGAAGAAGAAGAUGAUGAGCUUAAGGAGAUUGCUGAUGAGUAUUUCGGUAAAGAGUCUGAGAUUGGUGAAAGCGACAAGUUCUUGAGAGAUUACUUACUGAAACAGAUGUGGAAGGAGAGCAAAACUCAAGUGAUUAUUGAUGAAGCAGAGCUUGAUCAAAUCUCAGAUGACGAGUUAUUGGUUAUUAAGCAAGAGGAGUUUGAGGCUAAGUAUCGUCAUGAAGAGGAUGCAGGGGGGAUUGUUAUGGGUCAGUCUAGGAUUGUUGAAGGUUCCGUGAGGAAGAAGGAUAACGCAAGGAAAAAACAGAGGAAGAACAAGGAGGAUAGAUUGAAAAUUGCUGAGAUUGAGAGGCAAGAAGAGCUUAAGCGUCUCAAGAAUGUCAAGAAGAAUGAGAUUAAGGAGAAGAUGAAGAAGGUUCUUUCUAUUGCUGGGUUUAAAGAAGGAGAAGAGUUUCCUUUAGAUGCAAGAGGCUUGGACGAUGAGUUUGAUCCUGAGGAGUAUGAUAAGAUGAUGAAAGCUGCUUUUGAUGAUACUUACUACGGUGCUGAGGACUCAGAGUUGAUGCAUAGUGAUGAAGAUGAUGGUGAUGAGAAGCCUGACUUUGACAAGGAAGAUGAACUUCUUGGACUCCCAAAGAAUUGGGAUGUGAUUCAGAGUGGGGAUGGGUUUACAGCCACGAGAGAAAAGGUUUUGAAGCAGAAGGAGAAUAGUGCCAGUGAUGAUGAUGAAGAAGAAGAGACAGAGGAAGCAUUGAUGGAGGAGUACUACAAGCUUGAAUAUGAGGACACAAUUGGUGAUUUGAAAACAAGGUUUAAGUAUGCGAAAGUACAACCAAACAGCUACGGGCUUGAGAAAGAAGAGAUACUCUUCUUGGACGACACAGAGCUGAACCAGUACGUACCAUUGAAGAAGAUGGCUCCUUACAUGGAAAAGGACUGGGAGGUGAACAAAUACAAGGUUAAGGAGCAUAAACUUAAGUUCAAUGAGUUGCUGGAGAGGGUUGAUAAUCCCGCCGAUGAGAAGAGAAGCAAGAAGAAGAGCAAGAAGAGCGAUGGUGAAGAGAAGAGAGAUGUUAUUAAGGAGAAGAAGCCAGCAGCACCGAUUGCAGAUGAGGAAGGCGACGCUGAAACAAGCAAACUAUCAAGGAAGGCGAAGAGAAGAAGACGUGAAGCUGAGAAGAAGCUUCCUCCUAACAGAAUGGUUGCUUAUGGCAAGACAAAUUAAAGAUGAAUCAAGGUUAUUAACCCGAUCUAGGUUUGUAAGAGGAGUUUUGGCAUCAUAUACUACAAUUCCUAAUCUG